UCUUCAGUUGCCAAGUAAAAAAAUAUAUUUGCAGCCGAUGAUAUUUUGGCACAUAUAUCAGUGUGAAAAUGGCCUUGCAGUAUAUCGGGUCAUGUAUUGGACCUAAAGAACAUUGACUUGGCAACAUCGUCUAACAGUAUUCAAGCUUUAGUUCUACAGUAUCUGGAUGGACCAGAUAAAAAUAAAAGGCUAAUAUGGCAACUGGUGGGGUGACUCCAGCACUUGAACCAGAUGAAGUUAGGAUUUUAGUAUGCCAUGGUCGAGGCUUAAAGGGAAAGAAACCAGGUGAAUGCAGCUUCUCUGUGAUAUUUGGUAUUGCGUCUCAUAGAUACAGAACUAAGUUUGUCACCAGUGAGGAAGGCAGUCCACACUGGAAUGAGGAAUCUACUGUUAAUGUUUACAGUCAAGAUCGUCCAAUUGUAUUUGAAGUUACGGACACCAAUGACGUGCUUGGUAAAGUGACCCUUCCACUAUCCCAGCUAUCUACUAAAUCAGGAAUCAGACUCUCGUGCCCCCUCGAGGCCACAAAGAAAUCCCCCGACCCCCAGGGUUGGCUCUUCUUUGAAUGCCAAAUCUCAAAGUUCAAACCCAAGGGAAGCCCCAUGAGUAAACGUCAAAGGAUUAAAAAUGUCUUCACCAACAGUAAACCUAUAUCAAGAUUCAAGGAUACAUGUAGGUAUUUAUCAGUGUCUCCAAAACUACAGAGAAAAUCUCGAGCAGAAAGUAUGAAUUCAUUAUCUUCAUCUUCAACAUUUUAUUCAGAGACACCUGAGUUUAUUGAACCAUCAACCCUGAGGCCAACAAGCUUGGGCGUGUCUAGACAACUCUCUCGGUCCUGUCAAGAUUUGUCUCCCAUGCAAGUUGACUUUGCAAUAGUACCAAAGGCAGGGAGCAGUUCAGAAUUGGUUACCGUUACAGAGAACACUGCACAACAUGGGAAUGUAACAGAAAACACUAUGCUCCCUGAAACCUCUGCUCCCGAAGUGACAGGUAUUUCCCCCAAAGAAGGCCCAGCAUCAGGUGGUACAAAAUUAACAAUCAGAGGUUAUAAUCUUGGGAACGGUGCCUCAGAUAUAACAGGAUUAUAUGUUUGUGGGGUGAAUUGUUUAAACACACUGGAGUAUGAGUCCCCUACUAAGAUAUUUUGUCUAAGCCUCCCUGGACGUCCUGGCCCUGGAGAAAUUGUAGUGGUCACUCAAUAUGGAGGACGAGGUAUCUCUAGGGUGGCAUUCUCUUACCUUAAUGAGGACCCCCUGCAGCCAGUGAUGCCAGACGCAAUGGUGGUUGAACCCAAACUGGAUGUACAACAGGUAAAAGAUGAACCGCAUGUACAGGAAGAACUAGUGGAUGCUGAUGAAACCUGUUGUGAUAACAUUGAUAGUAGCUUAUCAUACGAUUCAAAAAGUGAACUCAGUUUGAGCGAGUCCAUUGUCGAGAAAGAUGCAAUAUCUGUGUCAUCAAUGGUUGUUGAGUACAGUUUCCAUUGGAUCCUUGACUUUGCUCAAAUCAUCAUCUUUAUGUUUAAUCAUUACUAUGACUGUUACAUGCUGCAGAGUAGGCCUAGAAAGAAGGGACUGGUACAAAAGCUGAAAGGCUCUAUUACUGGUAAAAAGGAGAAUGCAAUCAAUAGAGAUCAAGAGAUGGAGAAACUUAUAGGAGAAGUAAAACAUCUUCGAAUUGAGAACCAAGAUCUACGUGAUGAGAACUCAAAGUUGAAGAAGUACAUAGAUGAUGUACUGUCUCGCGUGCUAGUCUUGUGUCCAGGGGCUUUGGAGGCAACAUCACACAAUCACAGAUAUUCUAGGGAGAACUAA